GCUGCACAGACACCAAGGACAGUGAGGGAAGAGUGGGAUUAGGUGGUCCAGAGGAAGGAUGGCAGAAGACCAGCCGCACCUGUGCAUUCAGAUGUCAGACUCGAAUACAAAUGGCAUCCCCAGCAGAAGGCCGUCCUCACCAGACCUAGCUGGCAAGGCAGGGAGCGUGCUCACUUUCCACAACAUCUGCUACCAUGUGAAGACGAAGACUGGGUUCGUGUGCUGUCGAAAAACAGCCACUAAAGAAGUUUUGAGAGAUGUCAAUGGCAUCAUGAGACCUGGACUGAAUGCAAUUUUGGGACCCACUGGCAGUGGUAAAUCUUCGCUACUUGACAUUUUGGCUGCAAGGAAGGAUCCCCAUGGGCUUUCUGGUGACAUUUUGAUCAAUGGAGCUCCUCAGCCUGCCAACUUUAAAUGUGCCUCUGGGUACGUCGUACAGGAUGAUGUGGUGAUGGGAACCCUGACUGUAAGAGAAAAUCUGACGUUCUCAGCAGCACUUCGCUUGCCAAAGUCAGUGAAGGAAAAAGAAAAAAAAGAACGAGUGAAUCAGAUCAUCAAGGAACUGGGUUUGAGCAAAGUGGCAGAUUCCAAGGUUGGCACCCAGUUCACGCGUGGGGUGUCUGGAGGAGAGCGGAAGAGGACCAAUAUUGGGAUGGAGCUCAUCACGGAUCCUGCCAUCUUGUUUUUGGAUGAGCCAACUACUGGACUUGAUGCAAGCACUGCUAAUGCUGUUCUGCUGCUACUGAAAAGGAUGUCGAAACAAGGAAAAACGAUAAUCUUCUCCAUCCACCAGCCUCGGUACUCCAUAUUCCGACUAUUUGACAACCUGACACUGCUGGCUGCAGGGAGAGUGCUGUACCAUGGGCCAGCCCAGCACGCCAUUGGCUACUUCCAGUCCAUUGGCUACCAGUGCGAGCCCUACAACAACCCUGCCGACUUCUUCCUGGACGUCAUCAACGGAGACUCCACCGCUGUGGCGAUGAACAAGAUUGAUGAGAUUAACAAAGCAGAGAGCACUGAAGAACGCAUUGAAUAUGAUAAAACCUUGGCUGAGCAAUUAGCAGAAAAAUACUCCGGCUCCACCUACUACCAAGAAACAAAAGCACAAUUAGAGAAUAUUUCUUUGGGAAAUAAAAAGAAAACCAAAUCAGUUUUCCGGCAAAUCACAUAUGCCAAUUCCUUCCUUCAUCAGCUGAAAUGGGUGUCCAGGCGCACUUUUAAAAAUCUGAUAGGAAACCCUCAAGCUUCCAUAGCUCAGGUGUGUGUUACGGCUUUUCUGGGACUGGUUGUAGGUGCCCUUUUCUUUGGACUUAAAGAGGACACCGCUGGACUACAGAACAGAGUGGGUGCAAUGUUCUUUCUGACCACCAACCAGUGUUUCAGCAGCAUCUCAGCUAUUGAACUCUUCGUUGUGGAAAAAAAGAUAUUUAUACAUGAAUAUAUCAGCGGGUACUACAGAACAUCUGCGUAUUUCAUCGCAAAGCUAAUGGCUGAUUUGAUACCCAUAAGGACUCUACCAAGCAUCAUCUUCACCUGCAUAGUUUACUUCAUGUUAGGUUUGAAACCAACAGUAGAAGCCUUCUUUACAAUGAUGUUUACCCUUAUGAUGGUGUCCUACACAGCCACUUCUAUGGCACUAGCCAUUGCAGCAGGACAGAGCGUGGUCGCUGUAGCAAACCUACUCAUGACUAUCACAUUUGUUUUUAUGAUUCUUUUCUCUGGGUUGCUGGUCAAUCUCACAAGUGUCCUGCCCUGGCUCUCCUGGCUCAAAUACUUUAGCAUCCCUCGAUACGGAUUGACAGCUUUACAAAUCAAUGAAUUGAAGGGUCUGAACUUCUGUGGCAGCAUUAACAACACAGUUUUAAGCAGCGACAGUAGCUAUCGACAGAUGAGCCCAAUAGUGUGUACUGGCGAUGACUACCUGAAGAGUCAAGGCAUCGAUGCGAGUACCUGGGGCCUGUGGCAGAACCACCUGGCUCUUGCCUGCAUGUCACUAAUAUUCUUCACCAUUGCGUACCUGAAACUGCACUUCAUGAAGAAGUUCUCUUAAAACCAGAAGGAAGGAUGCAAUUUCCACUCUUCAGAAGUUUGAUGAAACUGACUGUGCAGCUGACUUGGAUUAUUUUUUUAAGAGGCCUUCCUUUGUACUUUUAUGAUUACACAAGUCAACAAUGUGAAAUCCUUGUGUAUUAUAUUAAAUACUUACUAUUAAUGUACCUUGCUGAAAUAUUUAACGAGACCCAGUCUUCCCUGCCAGAAAAAGUGUAUAACUAAUAAUUUCUUCAAGAGACUAUUCAGUCUUUCUGCAUCUUCUAGCUAUGAACUUGUUAGACACUAAAAGUAAUUUUUAUUGGCUUAACUUGUUAAAAAAUAAUAGUUGUAUACUUUAAUUAGCACCUACAUUUACUGGAAAAUAAUCCUAUCUGAACUGAUGCUUACCAGAACACCUGUGCAGUCUGAACUGCUUAUGUGCUCACAGUCUAUGUGAGACAGCAACAAAAUCCUCUCCAACCCAAUGCACAUCUCACCCUUUUCCAUUUGGGAAUCAUUACUGCUCUGGGGAGUACUUGAUUGAUGCCAUGAAGUCUUUCUUACCACACUGGAGUGGUAAAAGCACUGGUUUUUUAAAAUAAAGGUGACUGUGAACUUA